GAUUUCAGAAUAUUACGCUUUUUAGAUAAAACACUUUGACCUGUCCUGUGAAUAUUUAAUCUAUUUAGUACCAUUAAUUCUUUUCUCUAUUUCAAAAUAAAUAACCAAAAAUGUUUUCUAAUAUUGUAAGAACAUGUGUAAAAAUGUCCCGAGGACCUCUUGCAAUUAAACAGUCUACAUUUAAACCAACUACACCAAUGGCCGUCUCCAUCAGGUUUAUGUCGGAAGUCAAAGAAGAAAGCGAUGAGGAAUUUUACUCUAGAUAUGAAGCUUACUUUAAUCGCAAUGAUAUUGACGGUUGGGAAGCAAGAAAAGCAAUGAAUGAUCUGGCUGGUCAAGAUGCAGUUGCUGACCCUAAGGUUAUUAUUGCAGCAUUGAAAGCUUGUCGUCGCAUUAAUGAUUAUGCCCUGGCUAUCAGAUUCCUCGAAAAUGUAAGAAUCAAGAGCCAAAUUGAUAACAAAAUUUACCCAUAUAUUUUGCAAGAAAUUUCCCCGACUCUCGAAGAAUUGGGUAUCGAUACACCCGAAGCCCUUGGAUAUGAUAAACCAGAGUUGGCAUUAGAUGAUGUUGAUCACAUUUAUUAAUUACCAAAAUGUUGUUUUAAUUAAGAAUAAAUAUUAGAAGUAAUCUGUAAUACUAUUUGUUCUUUGGUAUUAUAAACAAAUAUACAAGAGUUUAAUCUUAUUAGUCACGAAUAA